AUGUCCAGAAGUAAUCUAGAUCACGAUAAACAUUUAGUCAUGGUAAUCAGAGACAGGGAGAUCCUUAUAUUGAGAGGCUUGGGCAGAGAGUACCGGCCCGUAAUCUUUGUUCUCCGGAAAGGAAAUGUUUUGACACGUCAUGACCUGGAGAAAGGAACAGUUUUUGACCGUAUUCACCUGGGACAGAUUCAAACCAAGACGCUCUCGAUGAGUUUAAUGGAUGAUGUCCUCAUUGUCAAGUCGCCCAAACUCAAGAUUGAACCACAGACCGAGUACUUCUUUCACUUUAAAGUGUUUCAGAUGCAUCCCUUUGGACUUAUAGCUUCACUCAACAUUCAUGGAUCAGUAUUCCCAGGGGAAGAGGACAAGAAGAAGUAUGGAAAGAUGCGUGAUGUUGAGAUUCACGAAGGCCUCUUGCUUGUUCUUACAGAAAAGAGCUUUAGUUUGAUUUAUGAUGCACAGGAAAUCAUCAGGAUGAAGAGCACAUCAAAAGAUUUUCAAGUCAUCCCAGACAGUAUAACAUAUGCAAAGGAUAUGGUAGUAGAAGCACCUCCUCUGCUCUUUGCAGCUUACACACACAUGGACAUUCUUGGCUUAGGUGCUUGUCCAUGGGCCUAUAUCAGAGCCGUGUCAGAUUGUCUGUUGCAGGUUCAUGACCUUGCUUCAGAGGAAUUGCUGGAAGGUGGACAAGUGAUGUGGGAAGACAGGAAUGAACAGCAAGUGUCUCCAGAUUAUUUAAUGUUUCAUCCAGAUGAUUCAAACAAACUUAUCCAUAUUAGGACUUCAAAAAUCAGGAUUUUAGCCAUCAAGGAGAGGAAUGGUAAGCGUUAUUUGGAGGAAGAAUUUACUUAUCCAGUGGAAAAAAAAGAUAAGAAUAAGGACAUUGCUAAGUAUUCCCGUUCAGGGCGGCUGUUGAAAUCGAAGUUUGAAUGGGACUAUUCACUGAACAGAGCUCUUGCCUUCAAUGUUGAGACAGAGUUGAGGAUUCUUGCCAUUCUAGAAGCUCAAAGAGAUGAAAACUGUCGUACACACCUGGUGAAGGUUACAUUCUAUGACAGUUACUCUUAUGAAUUCCUUGAUGAACUGGACAUAUCUACCACGGUUGAUGGGGAUAUUGAGACCAACCGACUCAGUGUUCACAUGGACAGAGACAUCUUGAACAUUGUUGUGUAUAAAGGGAACCAGUACACCAUCUUUUCCUACCGCCUGAAGGAAAAAAUAGAGACUGACGAAAAUGCACCCAAUAAAUUGAAAGUUGUUAAGAAGAUAAGAGAGAGAGAUGUCCAUAAUAGGAGGUCUGUCAGCUAUGCAGAAAGUGACAGUGAAAACAGUGAAGGUGGUAAUGUGAGAAGAAGACAAAGAGAGAGGAAUAGAAGGGAAAGAACACAAGGAAGAAGGAGAAGAAGGAGGCGGACACAAGGGGAAUCUAGUGAAACUGAAGUGGAACAAGACUCUGACGAAUGGGUGCCAUAGUGCUUCUUCUCAUUUUGUGAUAAUGGUGUAAACAAUUGUAGGUAUCAUUAAAUUUCUCUUUUUUUUUUACACAUUUUGUUUUAUAUGAUUGUCCCUUGGAAAAGGAAGAGACAUAAGAUUAACAGUAUUAAGAGUUGGUUUUGUUUUUUUAUUUACUUUUUAUUGUGGCAUUACUCUGAACUGCAGUUUUUCUUAUUUUAUUGUGGGGAGUAAUAAAAAAAGGCUAAAUUUUGAGUGUUGGAUUUUAUGGGGGGAAAAACCCCCAUAGAAUUGGGCUAUCAAAGACCUGCUCAUUCAUAAGUAUAAUGGGGGAGGGAAUUUAAUUAGAGAAGAAAAAGAUUAUUAGUGACCUUGUAAGUGCUACUGAAGUUAGAUUGGAAGUCCCAAAUGAUCAAUAGUUCUAUCUGUAGAUUCAUCCAUACUAAACUACUGAUAAUAUUUGACAGCCUAGCAUUAUUUAGAUUUAGUGGGAUUUUUUAAAAUGAAAAGAUGCAUAAUUUAAUUCUGCUUAGUGUUCAACUAUGAAACUGCUCAAGAAAUAUUCCUUUUAUAUGUCUGAAAAUUGACUGGGCAGUACUUCAAACUGUAAUUCCAUAUUAUGAAAUAUAUUUGGCACGAGUACAAUCACGAGGCCUCUACAAACUUCUUUAUGUAAAAGGUGGAAUAAAUGCUAAUCCCAUACAGUUAAAUAGGACACAUAACUAAAGUAUGCUUUCCUCCUGGCAAACUUUGGAUUUGCAUCAUAAAGUCGCCAACAACAAUCACUGAAAUCACGUGUUUCAACCUCUGUGAAGGAAGCCUUUUAAUCAUGGAAAAGAUUGCAAAUGAUCAAUCUAAUGUUCAGCAAAGGAUUUCGCAUGAAAAAAAAAAGGUUUAAUCCAAUGUCGACGGGAAAAUAGUGUGUUCCCUUUGGCAAUGCUUGGUUAAAUGUUUCUGCACAUAGAUGGCUCUGCCAAUGCUUAGCCACAUAGGAGUCAAUUAGUAGAUCUUGCGACCUCAAUUUUCCUUGAAAGAGCAGGAAAAACUUUUUUUUUUACUAAUGAUAUCAUUAUUUAAACAGGUGUGACAGGUAGUUCUCGUAAUUGGCUCAUUGGUGUCUUAGUACUUGUGAACCUAUCUGUAUGUAAAAACAAUUGCUAAAUUCAACACCCACAAUGGUCAAUGGCAUUUAUGUGCAUGCCAUGCCUGGCAGCUUGGGGUUAAGGCACAUUAACUACAAUAGGUAUACUUUGAUAUCAUAUUUAUUCCUAUGCAGCCAUCCAUGUUCAUUCUACUGAAGAGAGUUUGCUAAGAUAAAAGAAAGCAUUUUUAUAGUUUUAAUGGUCAUCCAAAAGUUCAUUCCAAUUCCAUGUUACACUUUAAAUAUAAUUUAUGCAAAACCAUUUAAUCAUUAACAUUGUUCAUCACCUUUUUUCUGAACAUGGCUAAAAGUACCACUCUUAACUACUUAAGUUUUGGUCCUUCAAAAGCAAACUUACUGCCAGCAUUUACUGCCAGCAUUUUUUUUAUUCUAGUAAAUGUAAAAUAUAGAAUUAACAACAGAAUGUCAGGGAUUAUCAUACAAAUAUCUCUUUGACUGCAUUCCAUUUCUGGAAAAGUGAUCUAUGCACAUUUUAACUAUACAAAGUAUGGUUAAUAUUGCAUUAAUUCCAUUUUCGUACAGUGUAAUUAUUUUUUGUAAAGUACUA